GGGGAGCACCUCCCAAAAUUGGAUUUGUGUUUUGGAGGGAUUUAGCUAGGAAAUGCGGAGUCCUCUGCUCUUCUCUUUUUUUCUUGUUUCCAUCUGCUGGAAAUCGCCCAACCGAAGAAGCGUUACCUGCUGCUUCUGCUGGCUGCUCUGAUCGGAAUGGACUCCUCCUACGCUUCUUUAUGGGAGAAAACUCGAAUUCCUCAACCAUCGUUUCAGAAACUAGCCGUGAUUUCAAUCUUCGAGAAACUCCGAUCCGCUCCGCCGCACCUCGGACCCGACUCCCUCCCUGGAACGGAAGCCAUCACUCAGUGCCUCCACUCCGCCUCUCCCGCCGUCCUUGACCAGUCGGUCCGGGAACUAUGCCGACUCGUCAGGGACUCCAAGCUGGACCUCUCUCGAGGGUUACUAGAGCUCCAGUCUGCCCUCGAAGCCACUGCUUCUCGCUUCGUCACUCUCUUCGUCAAAGGUUUAGGAUUUCUUGUCUUGUUAGGUUUUCGGAACAAUUCUCAUUCAUUUCAUUUCAAUGCGCCAGAGACGCAUCCGUUUGUCAUGAUACUUUCUUCACGAAAAGAGGUACAUCCCGAGCUUGUGCGCCAGGUGCUCAUUCUGUUAUCAGAGGGUAAACAACGCCGGAUGUUAGAAGCUUGUCAGUUCUUAACACCUUUUCUGAAUUAUGCGAUUGUGCGGGCGUCUUCUGCUGCUUCUCUGGCUUUCUUUGUUAGAAAUCUGGUGUCAUCUAUAGCAUCAUUAUGCUGUUCGCUUUCUCAAGAGGCUGUCCCUAUUAUCAAGCUACUAAUUGGACGGAUUAAAUACUUUCCCUGUAGGAAUGAGGAUGACUUAACAGAGAUUUUUUAUUUAGUCGAAUGCAUAGUGGAUGCAUGGUCUAUGGUCUUGAGGCAACUAGUUAGAAUGGGAUUGGUAUUCCACUACAAUAACUACUCACAUGUUCACGAAGCUCAAUUAUGCAGUGUGGAACUACUGGACGCGAUUUUCUCAUUGCAUGAUGAUCUUCUCCAGCCAGCAGGUUCCCUUGAGUACAUUUUAGAGAUAUCAAGGCGUUUAUUGGAUGUGCAGAAAGAUCUUGGAUUAAGUUUUUUGCCCGAGCUAUCAUCAGCAAUACCAUUCUUAAUUAUAAGACUUGUCUAUUCAGAGCUUGAACAUGAACAACUCUCUGCAGUGAAACUGCUUUCCUUCAUAUUUAGUUGGAAAAAUGGCAGUGGCAAAACUGGUCAUAGAUCUCCAUGCAUAUUACAUGAAGAACUUUUAUGCAUAUUUCCUGUCAUCAACCUUGUACACUCUCCAUCAAAAUCAGUAAAGCAAGAAGCCAUCAAAUUGCUUUCUGUUUUAAGAAAGCUUUCAAUUGAUUCAUUUGUUCUAUCAAGUACAGUUGUAUCAAAUGAAUGGAAGCUUCCCUCCAUCAGUACAGCUGCACACUUUGCUCUCAGGCUACUACAGAAUCUGUGGCUUCAGGACCAAGCUUCAUUACCUAGCCAUUUCUAUCUAAAUGUUGCUCCUGUUGAUGAAUCAUCCACAAACAAGAAGAAUAUCGCAAAGUCAUGGGCAUCUAUGUUGAAUGAGUACAUGAUGCUGAUAAUUUCAAGAAGAAAGUCUCCUUUAUCAAUAUCUGGAUCCCAUGAAAAACUUCUUACUGAAAUGCCCUCAUUACUCAGUGGGAUCACAUGUGUACUCCUCUUGCAUCGAACUCUUGGACAGUCUGCUGUAGAUUUAUUGGCUGCAUGCAGCCAAGUGGACCCAAAACUUGGGAUGCCAUUGUGGCUAGUCAUGCUUUUUUACACACAUAUGUUUUCUGAAAAGGAUAUUAGUUCCCCUGCCUUGCCGUUAAAACUCUUGGGCAUGCUACCAUCGCUUGCUUCACAUUCUGCAAUGUUGCCUCUAGUCAUUCAAACAAUUUUACCGAUGCUUCAAAAGGAGGCUCAACCUGUUUUGUAUGCUUCUGCAAUGCGUUUGAUCUGUAAGGCAUGGGAGUGCAACGAUCGCGUCUUUGGAAGUUUACAGGGAGUAUUACUCGCAAAAAAAUUUACAGAGUUUGCAUGUGAGAGAGAGAUCUGUAUUAGCAUGGCUCUUUCCAUUCGUAACGUAUGUAGAAAGGACCCUGAUAGAGGUGUUGACCUUAUCUUGUCUGUGGAGGCUUGCAUUGAGCAUCAAGAUUGUCUUAUUCAGUCACUUGGUCUUGAGAGCCUUGCCCAUCUUUGUGAAGCAGAUGUAGUAGAUUUUUAUACAGCUUGGGAUGCGAUAGCAAAACAUGUGCUAAACUACUUCGGAAAUGCCACGGUUGCUUGUAGUCUUUGUCAUCUCUUAAGAUGGGGUGCACUGGAUUCCGAAUCAUAUCCUGAACCUGCUCUUGGAGUUGUUAAAUUAUUGUGGGAAAUUGGGAACUCUAAAAUUGUUGGUGUUGGAUGGAUGAAAGCUCGAGCAUCUGCCUUUGUGGCAUUAACUCAUUAUGAGGUAGGGCAAUUUCAGAGAAGCAUUCCAAAAUUUAAUGAUAGGAAUUUGGAGUUCCUUACAUCUGAGGUUGAUCUGGACGUAUUGAAAGCAUUAAAAGGAUUUGAAGUCAAAAUUAUAAGACAUGAGCACAUUACGCGUAGAAGACUGGUGAAGCAGAAAAAACUGCCAAAAGGAAAGAUUGAAAAGUUAAUUGAUGUUUUCCCUAAGGUCAUGAUUACUUCAGGAAGUGACAGAGUACCUAGAGAACUGCCUGGUGCAGCACUCUUUUGCCUUUCUUUCAAUCAUGAAGGCUUGAAUUUUCCAAGAACACCAGAAAAGGCAUUGCAAGAUGUACAAGAUAAAUACAAGAAUGCCGUAGUUGAAAUAGUCGACUCUCUUCAGCUCUCAAGGAAUGUUUUGAUUGCUCUACUGGCAUUGCAAUCUUGGAAACCAUUCAUGCGAAGAUGGCUAAGGGCUCGCCUCAUAUUACUAGAUACUAAGGUGCAUUCGACUGUGUCAGAUAGAACUUCCAUUGCUGCUAAAGAAAUUUUGAAGAAUUUGAUAGAAGUUGGCAAAAAAUCUCCUCCCAGAUCUGCUGAGAAUAUUGGGUUAGCAAUUGGGGCUCUUUGUUCGGUACUCCCAUUAUCCGACCAUGUUAUUAAAUCAACUGCGUCAAAAUUUUUGCUGGGAUGGCUGUUCCAACAUGAGCAUGAGUAUCGACAAUGGUCUGCUGCUAUUUCUCUUGGGUUGAUAUCAAGUUGCCUGCAUGUGACCGAUCACAAGCUGAAAAUAGAAUAUAUUAAUGCACUUCUUGAGGUGUUAUCCAUGAGCAAAAGCAUCCUUGUGAAAGGAGCAUGUGGGGUUGGGUUGGGGUUUUCAUGUCAAGAUCUUCUUACCAAGAGUGAAGCUGAAGAUAGUUCUCAUCUGGGUAGAGGAACACUCAGAGCAGAAGAAGUGAAAUUGUUGAAAAAGAUUAUUGGGAGCUUAUCCCAACUGAUAAGUCCAUUAACUCAUUCAUCAGUUGAUUUUCUGAAAAAUGCAUUUUCAUGGCUUCAACUUGGAUCAGAUGAUUUUGAUUCAAAUGUUACUCCCAAGGUUCUUGAACAAAGCAGUGACAGUUUUAAGGAUGAUGUAUGGGGUACUGCAGGGCUCAUAUUGGGCUUAGGCAGUUCUGCUGGUGCAAUCUAUAGAGCAGGUGGUUAUGAUGCAGUUCUCAAUCUGAAAAGCUUGCUUCUGUCUUGGAUUCCCAACUUGAAUCCUUCCGUUCCUUUUUCUGCUGCAAGUGCAGAAUGUGAGCUUAUGUUAUCAACAGGUGCUUGCCUUGCAGCACCUAUGGUAAUGGUGUUCUGUCACAGAGUAGAGCUUAUAGAUGGUACUCAGAUGGAGCAGCUAGUGGGUUGCUACAAGAAACUUAUUUCUCAGCUAGUCCCUGUUCAGAGGUUUAGCACUCUUCAUCAGAGCUUGUUGUUGGCAUCUUGUGUUGGAGCUGGGAGCCUUCUUGGUGCCAUUUCGAAUGGAAGUUUGCAUGCUUUGAAAGUUGAACUUGUUAAAGAUUUGCUGGACUUAUUCAGGAAGAGCUACUCAAAUCCCAACCAUCCUUUAGUUCACUUGGGUGCUGUCAUUGGGGCUGUAAAUGCAUUAGGGGCUGGUGCAAAAUUACUGAUUCCAGAUCACCCUUCUUGCUCAUUAUAUGUUAUCGAUGAUCAAAAGGAGUCUCCGUUCAUCAAUGGUCCAUUACUUUCAAAUCCAGCCUUGGAGCCUUAUUUGACAUCAAUGGUGCAAGAGAUUUUUCUUUUAGCACAAAACUCUGAUACUGAUCAACUGAAACAGUAUGCUGCAUGGGCGGUUUCCUUUCUUUGGCAUUCAUUACAUUUCCAAGAGCCACAUAAUAAGGAAACUACAGUUGGUGAUGAAGACAUCAAGAAUGUCUCACACUCUUUUCCUGAGGACAGCACAGUUUUGAGGCUAUCUUUGUGGCUAAAGAAUCUGCAGUACACUGGGAGAGGCAAAGUUGUACAUGUUAACACUGUUGCAAUGGUUAUGCACUGUCUUGCACAUGCCCCCAGAUUGCCAUCAUUAGAUUGGGGAAUAAUCAUCAGAAGAUGCAUGCAAUACGAGGGUGAAGUUGCUGAAAUGUUGUUCCAAGAUGUAACCUUUGAGAAAGGACUUCUGAGAGAGGAAUGCCUACUUUUCUCUCUAUCCCAUGCAAACCAAUUUGAUCAAAUCCUUAUCUUUCUUGACGAACUUUGCGACCUUGCCAGGAUGAGGGCACUUGAACCAACUCUGCAGUCAUGCAUACUAGUGUACCUGGCUGAUCUGUCUAAGAUAUUCUCUGGCUCUCGGGUUUUGAAACUGUUCAAUGAUUUGGCUAACUUCUUAUCUUGGUUAGUUUCAUCUGGACAAUUGAGUCCUGAUCAGAAAAGCUCAUUAAGGUCGUCAUGCUGGAGAGGCCUGAAUAAGUGUUUGGAGGAAUCUUCUCUUGACACACUAAGUUACAAGUCUGAAAUAGAAAACUGUAUGGAAAUUCUAUUCCAUGCAUUACCCCAGUUUCCCAACGUUGGCUCUAAACAACUGUCUCAGGCAAAUAUCUCUGGAGAAUGGUCUGAAGCGAUUCGAUGCCUUGCGAAGUCUCAACAAGGAUGGCUAUUGAAUCUUUUACAGAUUCCAGAGGUGAGUCAUAAUGAGGCAAAUGAUCACUCUGAAACUGUGAAAAAGAUCCUAGUGAAAUCAAGAUUAGUUCAAACUGGCUCCAUCUCAUUGAGUGAACUCGGAAAACUACAAUCUUAUAUGUUGAACCACAGAUGUGAAGUUAUCUGGGAUGCUCUACUAGGCAUUAUAGAGACUUUGCAGUACAUUGAUGGGAGUGCUAAGAGGCAAUGGCUUGUUAAUGCAAUGCAAAUUAGCUGUGUUUCACGUUUUCCUUCCACGGCAUUGGGGUUCAUUGGCCUGCUAUGUGGAAGCUGUUGCAGAUACAUGCCUGUUUUAGUUGUAGACCAAAUGGCUGUGUUGAGUGACCUUCCCAUCACAUUGACAUCCCUUCUCUUGGACAGCCAAUGGGCAGUGGUAGCAGAAUCUGUUGUUUCCCACAUUUGGUCAUUAACCAUUCGAGUCCAUGAGUGGGCAAAAUGCAUAGCUGACGGUAUGUGUUCGGUUAAACAACCCCCUAUUGACAACAGUGAAAAUGGCAUGGCUACUUUCCUCUUCCGGGUAUUGCACCAUUCCUGUGUUUCUCUUAAACAAUAUCUAUCACCUGACGAGCAACUAGAACUGGCGAACAUGGAGUCAACAAAUCUGUAAGAGAUCAUAAAUGGGGUUCUUUCUCAUAGAAUUGUUAGUCUUUUAACAUAAGCUGUACAAAUCCCACCACUUCCGCCCUUGGAUUAGAUUCUGACUUCCGAUGAAAAAUGAGUGCGACUUCCAUUGAUUGUUCUAUCUUUUUUUUGGAUGUACAAACUGCAAAGGGAGCUGCGCUUUUAUUCUCCCAAGAAACUAAAUUCUGAUUGUAAAGCAAUGUCCAGCUUUUUAUUCCAAAGCUUUUUGUGUUUUUAAUGCUGUGAAAGUAGGAGCAACACUGCCUUCAACAGAUUGUUUUAAAAAUAUUCUGUACUGUAUAUCAUUUGCCUUGAAAAGAUGUACUCAUGUUUGCUACAGGAGUUUGAAAAGU